UGUGUGCGUGUGUGAAUGAGUCUAGGCUAAAUGCCUGCUCUCCCUGUUUCCCAUCAGCCCAAAGUAAGAGCAGAUGGAAGGCUGAGAAGCGAGAAAGGAGGGGGAGAAGGAGAAAAUAAGAGAGCAAGACAAAGAGGAGGAGACUCUAGCUGACUUUGGUCACUCGAGAACCUCAGUAGACCUACCAUACACACAAACACUGCGGUGACUCCACAGGACACUUACGAAACGAUGAUUAAUCAUUGAAAAAGAAGAUUGGAAGCCAUGUCAUUCUUUGGCUUAGACUGUGCGAGGAAGAAAGAGAAAGAGGUGGAGAGAAAAAUCAGAGCAAACGACAGAGAAUAUAAUUCAUCCUUCAAAUAUGCAACCAAUUGCAUCAAGACCUCCAAAUACAACCCCUUCUCUUUUCUGCCUCUCAACUUGUUUGAGCAGUUCCAGAGGAUCGCCAAUGCUUAUUUCCUCUUCCUGCUCAUUCUGCAGGUUAUUCCUGCUAUUUCUUCUCUGUCUUGGUUCACCACUGUCGUCCCGCUAGUGUUAGUAUUAUCGGUGACUGCAGCCAAAGAUGCCAUUGAUGAUAUUAAUCGCCACAGAAGUGACAGGCAGGUCAAUAACCGGAAGGUCAAUGUGCUCAUCAGUGGAAAACUGACAAGUGAGAAGUGGAUGAAUGUGCAAGUGGGAGACAUUAUCAAGUUGGAGAACAACCAGUUUGUCACAGCAGAUUUGCUCCUGUUGUCUAGCAGUGAACCUCUCAACCUGGUUUACAUUGAAACUGCAGAGCUUGAUGGGGAAACUAACCUGAAGGUUAAACAGUCUCUGACUGUAACAGGAGACAUGGGGCACAAUUUGGAGGCUUUGGCUGCAUUCAACGGCGAGGUGUGUUGUGAGCCUCCUAACAACCGCCUGGAUCGCUUUACGGGCACACUGACGUUUGACACGCAGAAAUACUCACUGGACAAUGAGCGGGUCCUGCUGAGGGGCUGCACUCUCAGAAACACAGACUGGUGUUUUGGCCUGGUGCUGUUUGCAGGCCCAGAAACCAAGCUGAUGCAAAACUGUGGAAAAAGCACCUUUAAGAGGACGAGUAUUGAUCGACUCAUGAAUGUGUUGGUGCUUUUUAUUUUUGCACUUCUAGCACUGAUGUGUAUCAUUCUGGCCGUGGGACAUGGGAUUUGGGAAAACUACACAGGGUCAAAGUUCAAUGUCUUUCUUCCACAUGAAGAGAACGCAGCCUUUUCAGCCUUUCUCACUUUCUGGUCGUACAUUAUAAUCCUCAACACUGUGGUGCCCAUCUCACUUUAUGUCAGUAUGGAAGUGAUUCGGUUAGGCAACAGUUACUACAUCAACUGGGACAGGAACAUGUAUCACACCAGAACUGACACUCCAGCUGAGGCUCGAACCACAACACUCAACGAAGAGCUCGGUCAGAUCAAAUACAUCUUCUCAGACAAAACUGGCACGCUCACCCAGAACAUCAUGACCUUCAACAAAUGCUCCAUCAACGGGAAAUCUUACGGAGAUGUUUUCCAGCACUACAGUGGACAGACGCUGGAGAUCACAGAGGAAACGACACCAGUGGACUUUUCCUUCAACGGACUUGCAGAUCCAAAGUUUCUCUUUUAUGAUCACAGCCUGGUAGAGGCGGUAAAGCUGGAGCUUCCAGAAGUUCAUGCUUUCUUCAGACUACUCGCUCUCUGUCACACUUGCAUGGCAGAGGAGAAGAAGGAGGGUCAUCUAGUGUACCAGGCCCAAUCUCCUGAUGAGGGUGCCUUGGUCACGGCCGCGCGUAAUUUCGGUUUUGUGUUCCGCUCUCGCAGUCCUGAGACGAUUACAAUAGAAGAGAUGGGCAUUCAGAGGACCUAUGAGCUGCUAGCCAUCCUGGACUUUAACAAUGUGCGGAAACGGAUGUCUGUGAUUGUCCGUAAUCCGGAGGGCAAACUCUCUCUGUACUGUAAAGGAGCAGACACCAUCAUCUACGAAAGACUACAUCCUUCCUGUAGCAAACUGAUGGAGGUCACCACUGAGCACCUCAAUGAGUUUGCUGGAGAAGGUUUGAGGACUCUUGUUCUAGCGUAUAAGGAUUUGGAUGAAGACUAUUUUGCAGAGUGGAAACAGCGCCAUCAUGAGUCCAGUGUGGCAAUGGAGGACAGAGAGGAGAAACUGGACAAAGUGUAUGAGGAGAUAGAGAAAGACAUGAUGUUAAUUGGGGCCACGGCCAUUGAGGAUAAACUUCAAGAUGGAGUCGCUCUUACCAUUGAGCUGCUGGCGAAAGCAGAAAUCAAAAUCUGGGUGCUCACCGGGGACAAGCAAGAGACCGCUGAGAACAUUGGCUACUCCUGUAACCUGCUGAGGGAGGAGAUGAACGACGUGUUUAUUGUUGCAGCACAUUCACCUGAGGAGGUCAGACAGGAGCUGAGGGAUGCCCGUCUAAAGAUGCAGCCUUCUACUGAACAAGAUAAAUUUCUUAUCCCUGAGGUUAUCCUGGGUAAUACUCCUAAAGUGGUUCAGGAUGAACAUGUGAACGGAGAAUAUGGACUGGUGAUAAACGGACACAGUCUGGCGUUCGCUCUGGAGAGCAGCAUGGAGCUGGAGUUUCUGCGGACAGCAUGUAUGUGUAAGACGGUGAUCUGCUGUCGGGUAACUCCUCUACAGAAAGCUCAGGUCGUGGAGCUCGUCAAGAGAUAUAAGAAAGCUGUCACUCUGGCCAUAGGAGAUGGAGCUAAUGAUGUUAGCAUGAUUAAAGCGGCUCAUAUUGGUGUGGGUAUCAGCGGUCAGGAAGGGAUGCAGGCUGUGCUGUCCAGUGACUUCUCCUUCGCUCAGUUCCGCUUCCUGCAGCGCCUCCUACUGGUUCAUGGACGCUGGUCAUACCUGCGCAUGUGCAAGUUUCUGCGCUACUUCUUCUAUAAGAACUUCACCUUUACCUUUGUGCACUUCUGGUAUGCAUUUUUUUGCGGCUUUUCUGCUCAGACGGUUUAUGAUGAAGGCUUCAUCACUUUGUAUAAUUUGGUAUACACUGCUCUUCCUGUUCUGGGAAUGAGUCUGUUUGACCAGGAUGUGAAUGCUAACUGGAGUCUGGAGUUCCCUCAGCUGUACGUGCCGGGUCAGUUGAGUCAGUACUUCAGUAAGCGUGCCUUCAUGAUGUGUGCGCUUCACAGCUGCUACAGUUCUCUAGUGCUGUUCUUUGUGCCUUACGCCACUACAUAUGACACCGCGAGAGCCGACGGCAGAGAUGGAGCAGACUAUCAGUCAUUCGCACUCAUUACUCAAACCUGCCUCACCGUCACUGUUUGUGUGCAGUUGGGGCUGGACCUCUCGUACUGGACUGUGGUCAACCAUCUGUUCGUUUGGGGAAGUUUGGGAAUGUUUUUCUUUUUGACCUUCACCAUGUAUACUGAUGGACUUUUCAAGUUACGUCCAGCUUCUUUUGCUUUCAUAGGAACUGCCCGAAAUUGUCUUAACCAGCCCAAUGUGUGGCUGACCGUGGCAUUGACAGCUUUACUAUGUGUCUUGCCUGUGGUUGCGUACCGGUUCAUCUACUGCCAGAUCUAUCCUACCAUUAAUGACAAGGUGAGGUAUAAGAUGCGUCAGAUGAAGGAGCCGGCUCCUCGGCCACGUCCGCGGCUGACCCGCAGGAGCACACGCCGUUCUGGUUACGCCUUCUCUCAUGCCCAAGGCUACGGGGACCUUGUGACAUCUCGCAGAUUCCUCCGGCGACCCGCGCCCGCUCGCUCCGCAGGCUUCACUCCAGCUGGACGCUCUCCUGGGUUCAAGCCCACGGGUCGAUCCGCAGGGUACAGCCCGGUCGGGAGAGAACAGAACCCUAAACAAAAAGUUGAACCCACGUCACUGCAGAUGUUUCGCGCUGUUAAAGACGCUUCUUUCUGAGGGUUCAGCUGGAGAUAGAACACGCUGUUUACAGGGUUUGAACACUUGGAGAUCAGUUCACAGCUGCUGUGUGAUGUUAAUAUAAAUAUAGAAGUUUAUACACGCACUAAGAACCAUUGACUUGAAUAAAUUGAACUAUAUUGAAGCACAGCGAGCACUCGUCUUCUCCACUGUCAUCAUUACUACAUCAGCAACAGACAUGCUGGAGUGUCCACCAAAGCUUUUUUCAUGUGGGUAGCAUAUAUUUUAUUUAAUUCUAUAUUUAAAAGUGGCAGUGAGUGUCUUUUAAUAUUCAUUCAUCAAUAUCAUAUUUUAGAAAGUCAUCUGAAAAGUUUACAAAAUCACCAAUCAUUACAUUAAUGUAUGUCGACUGAACACCAAUGAAGGAAAGGUAAAUAUCGCUGUUCUUUUUGGUAUCGGAUUUCGACAAUAUUAAAGUGGCCAUACUUUAAGUACUAA